AUGGACAGAACCUCGUACGCCCCCUCCACCUUCUCCGAGACCUCGACCGUCUGCUCCUUUGAGAAAGAGCCAGAAGUCGUCUCCGAAUCGGCCGCCGCAGCACCGAAGGAACGCCGCUCCGUGAGGCAGCGGGUCAAGAAGGCGCUCCGCGACGUCGGCCACCCGCCCACCUACCGCUACGACCUCGAGCACGGCAUCCAGACACAAAGGACGGUCCCCGUCGGGCCCAUGGGCUGUAACGUCCUCAACAUGCCGUCGCGCAUGUAG